GACAAACACGUUGUGUUGCUCUGAUAACAAUUUAAAAUAUUUGUUAUAGCUUUUAUCAAAAUGUUUUGGCGAGUUGUAGUUUUCGUUGUUAACGCUUGGUUUUGAAUGCAGUGUGUGAAAAUUAUUCAGAUUAUUUGGUUUUAUUUUUGUGGCUGCCUGUGAGCACUCUGAUUGUUACAGAUUUUGAAAAUGGAAACAAGAAGGAACCAAUUAAUAACGUUUCACCCGGACACGCUACACGCUGUAAGAACAGCGUGCGAAUUGGAAACCCCGGGAAGGAUGGACGAAGCUAUCGAUCUGCUGCAGGAAUGGACACUGAAGCAACCGCAUUUUGUUAAGAAGAUGUACCCUCGAAUAUAUUUAGAAGCGAUAUUAAUUUCAACAAAAGGUUCAGUAGAAAUAGCUAAGAGACGGAUUGACAAAAUGUGCACUAUGAGGACGUUUUCACCACAAUUGUUUGACAAGACCGACGCAAAAAAGGACUUAAUGGAACUACAUGAUAUCAUAAAGACGGUAAAUUUACCAAAACUAACGGAGGACCACUACAGAAUAUCCUUAAUAAAACCAACUGGUAAACCAAUGCCGCUACAUUAUAAUCAUUUGGAUUUCUUUAAGUUUUCUAUAAUUUUAGCUGAACAUAUUAAACUGUACGACUACUGUCAAGGAUUCGUAAUUGUUAUGGACCACAGAGAUGCAAGUAUCAUGGAUUUUGCGACGAAAACAAAUCUUUUUGAGUUACAAAACAUUAUAUCACUUUUAACGGAAGGAUAUGGAAUCAGAAUGAAAGGCCUUCACAUCCUCUCUCCAUCUAAGUUUGUCGAUACACUAGUAGCUAUCUUCAAACAGGUGUUCAGCGCGAAGUUGGCAAGCCGCAUUCAUGUUCAUAAAAAAGUCGAAACUUUGUAUGAAUACCUGCCAAAAACUUUGUUACCUAAAGAUUUGGGAGGAGAUGAAAGAUCAAUUUCUACGCUAUACGAUGAAUGGCUACAAGAGCUGUCUACUGAAGACCACAUCAACUAUAUGAGAAUGAUGAGAGAAGCAUGCACGGAUGAGAAACUCAGACUCAAAGAUCACUUUGACGAGAACAUCGGUCUCUCUGGAACCUUUAGGGCACUAGCAUUUGAUUAACAUUUGAGAAUAUUUCAUUUAAAACACACAAUGGAAUAAAAUUUCAUACGAAUACCGUAAAUCAUGGCGAUGAAUAGGGCACGUCGCAUGCUACGCAGAACAGACAACCUGUCCAAGCAGGGUAUGCAACAGCAACUAACAAGGAUGCAAGGGUAGCAACAGGCAGUAGAUGGUCGGGACGACCUUGGGCCCACGAAGAGGCGAUCAGUAAAGGAGACUAGCGCUAGUGGAAUAGGCUGGAAAGGGCUAGAAUCAGUGAGAGAUAAUAGGAUCACAUCAUCAUACAUACAUACAUCAUACAUAGUACAUAUAAUCACGCCUGUGUCCCGUAAAGAGGUAGGCAGAGCACAUGAACUAAGUUUCAGUGCUACUCUUGGAAAAAAGGGGUUGAAAUAAACCCAAAUUGUGACAUUGGAGUGACAGGUUGCCAGCCUCUCGCCUACGCCACAAUCCUAGGGUCCGACUGAAAACUAGCGUUGCAGUAAAAAUUACUGCAACAUUAUGCUGAGUCGCGGCCCUUUUUAAUAUCCAUGUUUGACCUAAUUAUUUUAAUUUUAACAUUGUAAUAUUGUGAUAUUAAAUAAAGCCAUUCUAUGUCUAUGUCUAUGUCUUAACCCAAAUCCCACAGUCGACACAUCAUUAUCAUCGCUGUAAAUUUCAUUUGUAAACAUGAUGUAACGACGGUAACUCUGUAUGAGAGUUUGAUCAGCGCGAUCAUCUGGACGUAUUGGAAAUAAAACUUAUUAAAACAUAGGUACUCAUUCGAAAACGAAGCGUAUCGUUUUAAAUUAUAUGAAAAUUAGAUGGUCAGUGUGUUAUGAAAAAAAACAUUCGUUUCCUUCCAUGACAUUUCGAGUAAAGACAAGUAUUAUUGCGAUAUUUUUUAAAGAUUUUUUUUGUAAGAUUUGAAUUAUAAAGUACCUACUCGUUGUUAGUCAGCGGAAAAACAAACUCAACCAAAGUGUCAGUCAGGAAAAUAAUCAGUUCUCCCUUGCAGGUCCUUCUUAACCCCAGAAGUUGUUUAUUGUUUAGUAAAAAGCAAUGCGGAUUUGCAGAUAACACAAUUAUUAGAUAUGUUACUUAAAAAUAUUACAGAUUAACUUUUA